GUGCGGAAACAGCAUCCUCCUCCUCGGUGAGCGCCCGCUGGCUGUCAUUCGUCCAAGGCGAGCCAGCCGGUGCUAUCGUGGCGGUGGCAGAGUGGAGCAGCGAGAGCCGCAUGUAAAUGAACACCUCCACCUCCGUGCUGCUGUCACCUGAGGAUCUACCGGGACACACCGACCCCCGUCCCCGCUUCAUCGGCGAGCUGACCUUAAACGUAUCGUGUGGAGAUAAGAAGAAGGAAAAAAAAGGUUAAACUGCACUACUUUGGAGGAAACGCUGUCCGGUGAUCGCUGCCGUGUGGCACCGCCGUUUCUCUCUACAACACGAAGAGCGCCUCUCUGCUGACCCCUGCUGACCAUGCGGAGUGUGUGUGCGGUGGUCCUGGCGCUCGCCGCUGCCGCCCUCAGCUCGGCAGACUCCGACACGCACAGACUGAGACAUGACUCCAACCUGGAGAUCUACAAGCGGCUGUUUGAGACCAAGAGGAAAGAUCAGCUCAACGCCCUCAAGAAUCUGGUGGAGCUGAACGACAUCAACCAGCAGUACAAGAUCAUAGACAUCAUGCUCAAAGGCCUCUUCAAGGUGUUGGAGGAUUCGAGACAGAUCCUGGUUGCGGCCAACAUGCAGCCUGAUGACCCUUUCCCAAUGGACGAUAAGAUCAAAGAAGCUUAUUCCCAUGUAGUGGAGAAUACAGCAUUUUUCGGCGACGUGGCGUUACGUUUCCCCCGUAUUGUUCACCACUACUACGACAGGAACACAGACUGGGACGGUCUGCUGCGCUGGGGACUGCAUUUCUGUAACCAGACAGGAGUUUUCACAGGAGGAGCCCACCAACAUGUCCUCACACUUAUGUCACAGGAACUGGGAAUAACGGAGAAAUCCCCCGACUUUAUAAACCCCUACCGCACGGAGAGAGACGAUGUGCUUCACACUGCUGAGGCUUUCCAGAAGAUCCUGAGGGAGGAGGAGAAGAGGAGGAGGAAAGAAGAGAAGAGGAAAGAAAUCAGGAAAGGCCCUCGUAUCUCCCGCUCCCGCACCGAGCUAUAGCAGCGCUGCACCUCAGUGCCGGUGGAGAGCAGAGAAGAAGAAGAAGAAGAAGAAGAAGGAGCACACGCACAGUCCACAAGGGGUGGCUUGACUUGUAGACUCCCGAUGACAGUGAAGGAAAUAAAAGCUGUCAUCACUUGUACAAAAGCCAGGUGCUCUGCUGGGAGGAAACCGUCAAGGUGACAAAUAAGUGGAGGUUAGUCAGUGUCUGACAAAGGUUGAAUCGCUGCACAUCUACAGCGAUCUAUAAUUGGAAAAUCUAACGUAUUGGAGUUAAAGUGUGUCUGAAGUAGGAGCUGAUAAGGGAAACUCAUUUUUGAUAACUUGAGGAUUAUAUUACUGUACUUUGGAAUAUAAUUAAUUUUAGUAUAAUCUUAAAGAAAUCCCCACUGUAUUGUGUCUGGUCUAGAUUUAAUGUGUCUCAAACCCAUAUGCUUAAAAUACGCCUUUGCCAAAUAUACAUUUUUCCUCAUUAAAUUCGGCCUGUUUCUGGUUAGUUUGAGCUCGAACUGAUGGAGUACAAUUUAUUUUUGUUAUUUUUUUCCCUUUAACUGAGCUUUGUUAGAUAUUUCCAGAUGGAUGUUUAUGAAUCUGCAGCUUCAUGUUCUCAUUUCUGCUCAAAGCUUUAAGGACACAUAUCACGUUUUGACAGUUUUCCUUCCUUUGUUUUGUUUUUUUUUUUACAUUUUUUUGAAUUAUAUCACCUUCAUCAGUGAAUUUUCCUUACUAUAUUUAGCAUUUAUUUUACUCCAAUCUCAGCAUUUGUUUCCGUUUAAUGACCCUGAGUUAAUAAUAAUAAGAUUUUUUUUUAUCCUGUUUGAAAAAUCUGUAAACCAGAAAUACAGAACACGAGCCUCCACCUGCUGCCCUGCACCUGUUUCUGUGUUAAAUAUCUGGCUUUAUUUUUUUGUCUUUUUCUGUUUCUUUGCUGGAAAUUGACAUAUUUUAAUGGUUUAGAUCUAUGGAAUUGAGAUUGAUGUAAUUUUGAAAUAGUAUUACGACUGUUAUAAAAAAAUAUAUGUAUAUUCAGAGAAAGAAUAUCAUUGCUGCAGAAUGAAGAAGCCAUUUUGUUAUCAACUUUAAUGAAAUAAAGUGACUCUGAUAUGUACAAAAAAAAA